GCGACAGUUCUGAAAUUCAACGCGGGUCAACACUGGUCAGCAUCCCAAAUUCAAAACAGUAGGGGCAAAAUGGUUUUAUGCGAAUAGUUUUCAUUGAAAGCAAAAUUGCAUUGAAGCAUUUUCACCCUCCUACAUCCCUGAGGACCAGAGACUCGUCAGUGAGCUUUUCUGUGACGAGAACGAUUGCAUGUUACAAGUAAACAAGUCGAGUUAGCAAGCAAGCUAGCUAGCUGUGGCCAGUUGUGCUGGGUUUGAAAUCGAAACCUAACAGCGUUGCUUAUUAGGUUUUGUUUCGUAUUCAUAUCUCUUGUUGUAAACUCGUCAUUGACAUCGAUCUUUGGCAAACUGUUCUUUGGCGCAUUUCUUUCGGAUAGGCGGUUGAAGAGGACAGGAAUGUACUACAAUUAUCUGACACUAUAAACUUCAGCCAACCAUGUUAAAAAGAAAAUUCGUGGCCGAGGAGCCUAAGAAAAAGAAGCAGCCAAGGCGGGAUGAGGCUAGCUCUGAUGAAGAGUCGGCUCAACACACCACUAGCCAAGACUCCAGUCAGAGUGACUCUAUGAGCGAUGCUGAGGAGGCCAGGCCUAGUUUCUCCAGGCCCUCCCAGAGCCAGCAGGCAGACAGUCAGGAAUCCUCCGCUGGCAAGUUCGCCAUGUACAACAGCGUCUCACAGAAGCUCAUGGCUAAAAUGGGCUUUCGUGAGGGCGAAGGUCUGGGUAAGUUCGGCCAGGGUCGGAAGGACAUUGUGGAGGCGUCUACCCAGCGGGGCAGGAGGGGUCUGGGCCUGAUGCUGAAGGGCUUCCAGGGGGAGCUCAACGUGGACUGGAGGGACGAACCAGCGCCCAGCGCAACAGAGUCGGUGGAAUGGUUUCCAGAAUGUUCCACAGAGAUCCCAGACUCGGAUGAGCUGAAGGAUUGGAUGCAUAUCGGGGAGAGGAAGUUGAAGAUUGAGGAUGAGACAGAGUUCUGCUCUGAAAAUCUUUUGCAUCUUCUUCUCCGCUGUAAGAAUGUUUUUGACGAUUUAGAGGGUGAAGAGAUGAGGAGGGCACGAACCCGCUCCAAUCCAUAUGAAACUAUACGAGGGGCUUUCUUCCUUAACAGAGCUGCAAUGAAGAUGGCAAACAUGGACCAUGUCUUUGAUUACAUGUUCACCAACCCAAAAGACUCACAAGGGAAACCCCUGACGCGGGAUAAGGAGGGCGAGCUGCUGUAUUUCGGCGACGUGUGUGCGGGCCCUGGCGGCUUCUCGGAGUACGUCCUCUGGAGGAGGAAGUGGCACGCCAAAGGCUUCGGCAUGACCAUCAAAGGACCCAACGACUUCAAGCUGGAGGACUUCUACGCCGCACCCAGCGAGCUCUUUGAGCCCUACUACGGUGAGGGAGGCGUGGAUGGUGAUGGUGACAUCACGCGGCCAGAGAACAUCACAGCGUUCCGGAACUUUGUCCUGGAGAACACAGAACGCCGCGGCAUGCACUUCCUCAUGGCAGAUGGAGGCUUCUCUGUGGAGGGCCAGGAGAAUAUCCAGGAGAUACUCAGCAAGCAGCUCCUGCUCUGUCAGUUCCUCACGGCACUGUCCGUGGUCAGGACAGGUGGCCAUUUUGUGUGUAAGACCUUCGACCUGUUCACGCCCUUCAGUGUGGGGCUGAUCUACCUGCUGUACCUCUGCUUCGACAGGGUCUCCCUCUUCAAGCCCGUCACCAGCCGUCCUGCCAACUCCGAGAGGUAUAUUGUAUGUCAAGGCCUGAAGCCGGGUUCGGACGCGGUGCGGGAAUACCUGUUCACCGUAAACAUCAAGCUGAACCAGCUGCGACACAAAGACUUGGACGUCAACGAGGUCGUUCCGCUGGACAUCAUCAGAUCGGACACGGACUUCCUCCACCACAUGAUCCACUCCAACGAGAACCAUUGUGCAGUGCAGGUCAAAGCCCUGGCUAAAAUCCACGCCUUCGUAUUGGACAAUACUCUGUCAGAGCCUCGUCAGGCUGACAUCCGUAAAGAGUGCUUCAAAGCAUGGGGGAUCCCUGAUAAAGCCAGGGUGGCUCCUGGACCAUCAGAUGCUAAAAGCAAAUUCUAUGAACUAAUGAAGGGUUCAGACAUAGACUGGCUGAGCCUGAAGCCAACGCCCCUGACCGCCACCACACUGGAUAAGGUGCAGCAUGUGCUCGACCACAGGUGCAUCGUGGGGGGAGGAGAGCAGUUGUUUCUGCUAUCGCUUGGGAGGUCCCAGAUCUACACCUGUGACGGGCGGAUGCCCCUGCGCUGGAAGAAGCUGGAGACGGUCAACAAGCUGGAGCUGCCCAGGGACACGCUGCUGAGCGUGGAGAUUGUCCAGGAGCUCAAGGGGGAGGGAAAGGCCCAACGGAGAAUAAAUGCGGUCCAUGUUCUGGACGCGUUGGUGUUAAACGGGACGGACGUGAGAGUGCAACACUUCAACCAGCGGAUCCAGAUGGUUGAGAAGUUUGUGAAGGCGGUGUCUAAACCUAGCAGACCUGACAUGAACCCAAUCCGGGUGAAGGAGGUGUACAGGCUGGAGGAGAUGGACAAGAUCUUUGUCAGGUUGGAGAUGAAGAUUACAAAAGGCUCUGGAGGGAUGCCCCGUCUGUCCUACACGGGUCGAGAUGACCGCCACUUUCUGCCCAGCGGCCUCCACAUAAUCAAGACUGUAAACGACCCCUGGACAAUGGCCUACAGUAAAAGCUCAAAGAGGAAGUAUUUCUACAACAAAACGACCCACCACUCGACCUUUGACCUGCCAGGCGACUCAGUCGCCCCUUUCCAUGUCUGCCAUAAGGAGAGAAUCUUCUGGGCAUGGGAGGAAGGGGUCAAAGUUCAUGAUUCCCAGACACGGGUCGACCCUGAGAAGCUCUCCAAAGAACAUCUGCUGGAGUUCAUCCAUCAACAUUACCAGCACUGAAAACACAGCAACAAAACACUUGUCUGAUUUCCAUCCAAACACACACACACACACACACACACCAGUAAACAUAUACAUGCAGUGUGUAGAGUGCAGUGUGCAGAGAUCUUUAAACAUCAUUUAAACUGAAAAAAGGAGUUACCCUUUUAGUGAUGCAUGCUGCCUUUGCUUGUAGCCCACCAUGUUAGACAGAAACUUUGUAUUCAUUUGUAUGUAUGUGUGUGUGUGUGUUUGUGUCUCUCUGUGUGACUGUCUGUCUCUGUGUGUGUGUGUGUGUGUGUGUAUGUUUGUUUGUUUGUGUGCUUGUCAGUCCAGCUUUGUCAGAUGUGUUACCCUGGCCCUGUAGCCUGGUGCUUUAGUGUCAGUCAGCACACAUCUGCCAUUCACGAAGCUCGACUUCAUUUCUUUGUGUGUGCAAGGGAGCAUGGAGAGACUGUUCUAGGAAGAGCUUACGAAGACAUUUUAUUGUUGUUGACUCUGUUUCGUGUUAUAGAGCUAGUUUGGACAUGUACAUGUGCUUGUCUACCUACUUAACAUGCACGAGUCUGUUCUGUUAAUGGCGCCCUCUUGGAAUAGACAGUAGUCUGUCUGCGUGCAGUGAGGUGUCUGUCUUCAUUAUGUCUCUACGCUGUCUGUUUGCAGUGAGGUCUCUGCCCUGUCUGCAUGCAGUGAGGUAUAUCUCUCUCUGCCCUGUCUGCAUGCAGUGAGGUGUGUCUCUCUCUACUCAGUAUGUGUGCAGUGAGGUGUGUCUCUCUCUACUCAGUAUGUGUGCAGUGAGGUGUCUCUCUCUCCCUCUCUGCCUU